GGAGAGCGAACGGACGUCCAGACGGGAGUAAACAUACUCACGAAACUUAACCGCACAUCAUAUUAAAAAUAAUUUUAUAUUAGAAUUUUUUAAAAUUUUUUUCUAUAUUCAAAGUGCUUUACUUUUAUUUUUUUUUAAAUUAAUAGUUUUUAAAGUGGACAGUCAAAAUAGGUGGACUUGGUAAUUUACGUGAUAACUAUGGAAAUUGGGAAAACUACCCCAUAUGUAGUGGUGGCACCGUAAACUGGACGUUAUGUUAUUAUUAUAUAAAACGGAUUUUAAACAUCCUCAUGCCUUAUUAUGAUGAUAUGAGGGAGGAUCCCAGUAUGAAUCUUACCCUAAAUGCCUCAGCAAGAUGGUUAAUCGAGGCAUCCCGGGGGGUCCAGAAUCCCAAUAUUCUACUACAGAAAUUCUCACAAAACAGAAAAGUGGACGACCCAACACGAUCCCUGCUCUUAACCUUUUACGGCAUCUUGGUGGUCAUUGGCGCUGUAGGGAAUGCUUUAGUGGUAAUAUCUGUAGUGAGAAAACCGGUGAUGCGUACAGCACGUAAUAUGUUCAUAGUCAACUUAGCUGUAUCCGAUGCGCUAGUUUGUUGUGUCGGCACGCCACUUACAUUAAUGGAACUUUUGACCAAACAUUGGCCAUUACCAGAUUGGCCCAGUCUUUGUAAAGCUUGCGGGGCAAUACAGGCUAUAUCUAUAUUUGUUUCAACAAUCUCCAUAACAGCUAUCGCAUUAGAUAGGUACCAGUUAAUCGUCUAUCCAACUCGGCCUGGAUUACAAACAAUGGGUGCACUUGUGACAAUGUUUUUCAUCUGGGUAACAGCGUUCACUCUGGCUUCACCCCUAUAUAUAUUUAGAAGUCUAAAACGGCACAAGGUUGGAAUUUUAGGUAUGGACUUCUUAAGUUUCUGUAUAGAAGACUGGCCCAUAGAAAACGGAAGAGGAAUAUAUUCUCUGUUUAGUUUAAUUUUUCAAUAUCUUCUACCAGUGCUGGUGGUUGUCAUAGCCCAUGUCCAAAUUCAUAGAAGGUUACGCGGCAGGAGACGGACCACCAGGAAGACCCCAGCCAUUUUGAUAGCCAUAGCUGUUACUUAUGUCAUAAGUUGGUUACCCCUGAAUGUUUUUAAUUUGGUUGCUGACUUUAGCAAAGAUGCCAUUCUAGAUGAAAAGUCGAUGACAAUAACUUAUGCUAUCUGUCAUAUGUUUGGUAUGUCCAGCGCUGUGUCAAACCCAUUACUCUAUGGUUGGCUCAAUGACAACUUUAGAAAGGAAUUUGAAGAAAUUUUAUGCUGUUGUAGACAGAAGAGGCAAAAGAAUAAGAACUCAAGGAUCAACAAUAGAAAAAUGGAUACCGAAUUGACAGCGCUUGCGCAAUUAGAGCACACUGUUACAGCAAAUACGAAGACAUCACAGUGUUCACAAAUUUUCUGACUAAAAUCUUGUUUCAAAUAGCAUGAAACUAUUGAAAUGCAAAACGUUUGAACUCUUGUCAAUUUAUUAUAUAGUGGUUAGCUUAGUUCAGUGUGAAAGUGUAAAAAGUUCCUUCGUCGUUGUAAUAAAUAAAAAAAUAAUUAUUAUAUUUAUUAAAUUAUGUGUAAACUGUAAAUAUAUAAUAAAGAUCUUUCUUUAGCUAUAGUUAAGGCGAUUUACGUUUUAUUGAGCCCAAAACGUAAAUCGCCUUUCACCAAUGUUACAAAAAUGUGAUUUUAAGUUACUUAAUUACAAUUUUUUAAUAAAAUAUUUUCUCGAAA